GGUAGGUUCGAGUACGAGUACGUACUCCCGAUUUUUGGAGAGAGCGAGCCUCGCACGCAUUCUCUGUCAACGGGAAGUGUUCGCACGUCCGAGUUUUCUGUGCCCGACGAUCAAUGACAAAAAGUGCAUCCGAAUCGAAGACGGGGGAAGAACGCAAUUCGUUCGAGGCCGAGCGAAGAGAUACACGAAACCCCAAGGCAAGGCAAGUCAAGGCAAGGCAAGGCGAAGAACCGGGAAGCAAAACAGCACCCAAAAGCCAAGAGGCAGAGAGCCCGGCGAGGAACAUUUCCACACAACCAGCAAAGAACAACCAACAAACACACAGCACACCGCUUGUCUCUCCCAUGGGCGUCGCCUCCGACUUUCUGCCCCGGGUCCUGGAAUCCGGGGGCCGCCCCCUGGACCUGGCGGACUACCGCGGGGGGAUCCCCGUGGACACCCCACGGGCCGGAAGCAGGAGCAGAAGCAACAGCAACAGCAACAGCAACCACGAACGCCGAGAAAAACGCCCGCUGAGGAUCGGGAUCGACGUGUCCUCGUGGAUCUACCGGGCGGGCUUUGCCCUGGGGGACCGCCUCAUGGGGGAGGACCGCUACCUGACGGCCCUCGGGCGGGCCGACCUGCAGCGGGAGCAGCAGCAACAACAACAACAACAACAACAACAACAACAACAACGGGGGGCCGGUGGGGAGGCCACAGCAGGCGGGGCCACGGAGAACAACGGGGUUUCUGCUUUGGAUUCGAAGGAAAAUCCGAUGGACAAUCCGAUGGACAAUCCGGGGGACUGCAACCAUCCGAUCGAGAGUCCUUGCCCCAUCCAGCAGCAGCAUCUGCAGCACCAUCCGAAGCAGCAUCUCCCGGACCCGGUGGCGGUCCGGGACUACCGCGAGGCAUGCGCAAACUACGUCGUCAAGCGGCUGGAGCUCCUCAAGGAGGGGACCAACGCCGAUCUGCUGGUGGUCUUUGACGGGCGGACGCCCCCCGUCAAGGCCAGGACGGUGGCCAAGCGAAGGAGGGACCGGUGGAAGUACCAGAGCCUCCGGGGGGAACGACCGGGUGCGAGCGAGACCGCAAUUGCCCACCAGGACAGCGAGAACAAAGCCAGCAACCACUACGACAAGAACAAAAAAGGCGUCGACGCCGACGUCGAGCGGCGCGUCCGGGCCAAYCGCCGCGCCGGACCGGGGGAGCACCUCCCGGGGAUCGUCGAUUGCCUGCUGGGCAAGCUCCGGCAGAAAGCGGCCUGCUUCGGGGGGAGGGGCCUUUCCGCCUGGAUGGUGGCGCCCUACGAGGCCGAUUCCCAGCUGGCCUACCUCUCGAAGCGGUCCUACAUCGACCUGGUGGUCACGGAGGACUCGGACCUCGUYGCCCACGGGUGUCGAUCGGUGCUCUACAAGUGCCUCGACCACCAGGGGCCGGGAAAAGGGGCCGGCCGAGGGAACCGGACCGGGGGCGGCAACGCCAACGUGGACAGGGACACCGACGCGUCCAUCGACAUCGACAUCGACAUCGACAUUACCCGGGGAAAACUCCUGGAAUUCCGCGACCUUGGGAGGUCCGGACCCUUUCCCGGCAGCGGGAGGGCCACCAACCCCACUGCCACUACGAAGCACAAGCACAAGCCCAACCCGGUGCCCGAUCUGGCGGACUUUACCCCCUCCAUGGUGGCGGUCCUCUUUGUCCUGCUGGGGUGCGACUACAACGGCUACGAAAAGCUCCGGGGGAUCGGCCUGGCCACCGCCUGCCGGAUCGUCCGCAACGCCUUUCUCGAACCACCCGGGAGCGGCAGCGACGACGGCAGCGACGACGGCAACAGCGACCAUCGCCCCACCACCAAGUCCUGCCUGGAACGGGUCUGGGAGGAGGCCUACGCCAGCUCCUACGACCCCCCCGGGACCUUUACGGAAAGGUUCCGGGAGAGGUACCAGGCCUCCUUUGCCGAGGCCCUGCUCAUGUACCGGCACCCCGUCGUUUUUGACCCCCUGCGGAAGACCUGCCUGCGGAUCGGGGGCGGAAGCCACCGCGGCACCCACCGCGAGAGCGGCGACGACGACGACGACGACGACGACGAAGAGCUGCUCAAGGGCUGCAAAGAGUACUCCGAGCUGCUGGCCGAUCCGGAGCGGUGGGUGGCGGUGGUGGGAGAAGUCCCGUCGACGAGGGAGGAGUGCAUCUCGAUCGCCGAGGGCCGGACCCACCAGGAGUGGAGGAUGAAAAAACCCACGCCGGUCUACGCCAGCAACAACAACAACAACAACAGCGACGGCUCUGGCCACCCCACCACCGCAAAGCGGAGGCAGGAGCCGGAAAACCCCUCCCUUUCAAAACGCCCCCGUCGCUCCCCGGCCGGAGAACGCGGGGAGCAAGCGUCCGUUGCCGCGUCCGUUGCCGCGGCCCCCCUCGGGCACGACGAGAUCGUCGCCAUUGCCGCGGGGGGCUAUCGCAGGGASGAUCCCCGGGAACCCAUACACCCYUUGGCGGAAGGCGGACGCGGGCCGGCCGGAGGCGACCGUGGUCUCUCCCGGGCCCUCUUUCCGGAGCCACCCGCGUUGGCGGAUGCGRGUCCGGAUGCGGGGGACGGCASCGGGGCAAGCACGGGCCCGAGCCCGCCGAGCAGCGAGGGACGGACCGUCCCCCUCUCGGAAGCAUCCGGCGACGAGUGGCCGGGAGGAAAGGACGAAGAAUCCACCAGCCGGAACCUCCUGGCCUCCACCGCGACGCCCGAACCCGGCAGCGCGGGCGAGAGCCGGCCGAGCGGCAGCAACACCCCCGGCGUCGGCGCUGGAAGCUCGACGCAGACCUCGCUGGGGGCCACCACCCAGACCCUGUCGUCGUCCGCGUCGGGGUCGCUGCCCUCGCAGACGCAAUCGCAGUCCCAGACGCCCCGGACUCUUCCCGGGAACCCAGACGCCGCAAGCCGUGGGGGGACGCCUCUGUGUUCUACGCCCGAGGCGGAGAGCGUCGACCUCCUGGCCUCCUCCUCGCCCUGCACCGCCACCGCUACCCCCCUUUCGCGGAACGAGGCCGAGCCCACGCCGGCCCGAGAAGGCCACCGAAUGCCCGCGCYKUCCCCGGAACGCCCGGGCCUCUCGCUCCGGACGCCGCAGAGGGGGCCGCCACCGCUGUUUCUUCCGCACRGCGGAGCGUCGGCGAAACCACGGUGCGACACCGACGCCUUUUUGUUCCAGACGCAGUCCCCGCUGGCGGUGGCCCGAACGCCGGAAUGGCACCGGGGCCAAAGCCUGUGAACGGGGAAGGGGAGUCUCCCGCGGGAGAGGAAGGCAACCCGGAACGGCACGUGCGUGCCUAACGAACCACCCAUAGGUAGAUUGCGAUGCGAUACGAUACGAUACAAUACAAUACAAUACAAUAC